UCUAUUUAACCCUUCAAAAGUCACAACUUUUCUUCAGCUCAAAGCUUCUUUGCUCAACUCAUAUUCCCAAAAAAAUGUCUCUCUUUUUCGCCUACUUCUUCUCGUUCCUUCUUCUUCUUCUUCUCUCCUCUGUCACCGCUUGUGAUAGGUGCUUGCAUCAAUCCACAGCUUCAUACUUCUCCGCUUCCUCCUCUGCUUCAGCUGGCUCUUGUGGGUACGGCUCCUUAGCUCUGGGCUUCAACAAGGGCUUCGUUGCUUCUGCCAGCUCCUCCAUCUACAGAGAUGGGAUUGGCUGCGGUGGCUGCUACCAAAUACGGUGCAAAGACCCGCGCCUCUGCAGCACAAAAGGAGUGACCGUAAUUGUAACCGACCAAAAACCCAACAACCGCACCGAUUUCGUGCUCAACGCGCCAGCUUUCACCGCAAUGGCCAAAGCUGGCUCGGCCCAAAGCCUCAAGGAAUCCGGACUCGUCGCGAUCGAGUACAGACGAGUCCCCUGCAACUACAAGAACAAGAACCUCGCGAUCCGACUGUCGACGUCGCCAGCCUCGUUCUCGAACCUGGCGUAUAAUGGCUCGGGACGCACGGAUGGUGUCACCGAGUGGGUGUGGGCCCAGAAGGAGGUUCUGCCGUCGGAUUGGACAGCUGGCAGGAUAUACGAUACCGGUGUUCAGAUAACGGACGUUGCUCAGGAGGGGUGCGAUCGGUGUGAUGAUCAGCAGUGGGGCUGAAUCUGUUGAAGAGGGGGUCCACUAACUUGUUGAUUAUUACACUUUUUUUUUCUUUUUUUUUUUGGGGUUUGUAAUGUAGAUGUUGUUGAAUUUAGUGAUGUACUAGAGAAUAGCGGGAUAUGAAUAAAGUUCGGGUAGUGGUGGUUGAAAGCAAUUGGCUACCUACUGGCUUCCAAAAUGUGAAAGGAUGGAUGGUGGUGGGCCUGUUGCGGUUAGGAUUGAUAGAGUUGAUUGAGUUGAGUUGAAAUUGCGUUGUUAAUAUAAGAUUGAAAAGAUUGAAUGACCUAAGGUUGAGGUUAUGGGCUCGGGAGCAGAAGAAAUUAUGAAAUGUUUUACUGUAUUUGCAUCUUCUUAUA